CGGCUACGUGUCGAACGCGUUAUUUCAAUGUCGUUUUUGACCAUUGCCAUCCUCCUCGCAAGUUUCGCGCGGCGGAGCGCGGCUAUAACUCGUCCAAAAACAGCGCCAAAAACCGGACCCAACUUGGCCCUUAAUUUGCGCGGCGGCGGCCACAUCAGCGACGCAGCGAUAUACGGUGGCGCCGGCCUCACGCUGGUCGACGCGGUCGGCGAAUUCAUCUAUCCGGAACUCGUCGUCGCCGACGCCAAGGAUAAAGAGGGCCUCGUCGCCUGCCGCGCGUCAGCGGUCUGGCGCUGCUUCCUCUGCACCGUGCUCUUAAUUGACCCGAGCGUGGUGCACGCGUGGUCGCACCUCGCCAACGCCGUGGCCCUCGCGGCCUGCGCGCCGCUCUACGAGAGCAUCGGUUUCAAGAAGGCGCCGCUCGCCGCGUGGACGGCCGCCGUCGCCGUACUGGGCGCCGCGAGCCUGCUCGACCGCCCGUCGAAGUUUCUCGCGGCGGCGAUCCUCGUCGUCAACGGCCUGACCUCGGAACUCACGCUCGGCGUCAACCCCAACUACACGUUCCGGCUCCACGACAAGCUGACCGCGCCCAAGUCGCGCGUCUGGUUCCACGCGACGCGGAACUCGGGCGCCUUCCUCGCCGCUACGGGACUCUACCUGGCGUUGCUCGCGCCGACGGCCCCCGGCACCACAACUCCGGCGCUCGACCGCGCGGACGCGUUCGGGCUGACGACGUUGAUGAUAGCGGCGGCGAUGCUCCGCUUCGCGCUCGCCAAUCCCAAUGAAGAGGGCUUCCGGCGCGUGCCCCGGGCCGGCGUCGUCGCGUGGCCACUGCUGCUCGCCGUCGCCGCGCUCGCGUAAACGGAAGUUUUAUAGGUUUCUUACACAGAGGGUGAAGACGCAAACACC